AUGCGGCCCAAGCUGCGACAGGCGACCUUUGUCCUCCCACGAACCGGCCAACGCCUGAAGGGCCUUGUUAGUCUGCGCAAUCCGACGAACCUUGCCGCUGCAGCUGGCGAUGACAAUGCUCACGAUGAGCGCCGUGGAUUACUCACGGGUGAGUUCGAGCCAUACCAUGAGGGAAUGAUCCAGCGGUUCUCUGCGCGUGCGAAAGAGUUAGGAUCCCAGGCGCAAGAGUUUGUGAAAUCAGAGUCGGGCAUUGGGAUCUUGAAGUGCGGUUUAGCCUACCUACUCGGUUCCCUCGGGACAUUCAUUCCGGCAAUAUCUGAGUUCCUUGGGAAACAGGAUGGAAAACAUAUGGUGGCUACUGUUACGGUGUACUUUCAUCCGGCGCGGUCCCAAGGAAGUAUGUUUCGUGCCCUGAUUUGCGCAUUGCUGGCUUUCUGCUACUCGGCUUUUCUCUCGAUCUCGAGUAUGCUCUUCGAGAACCUCUUCCAGGAUACUCUGGACCUACCGGUUCUUGGCCAUGCGCUGGUCUUGAUCGUCUUUUGUGGAGGUGGACUGGGGUUUGUGGGAUGGACCAAGCAGCGACUGGGCGAUCCGUUGGUGAAUGUAGCUUGCUCACUCACGGCACUGUCGACCAUCACUGUUCUCACAAAAGAAGGCGCGGUUCAGAAUGGCGAUCUAUCACUCAACAAGAUUUUCCAGGUCUUGAAGAUGGUGAUCAUGGGUGUGGUUGUGGCCAUGGCAGUCUCCUUUUUGAUAUUCCCUAUUUCUGCACGGAAACAGCUUCGCGCAAACCUGGUGACUUCCACAAGUACUUUGGCCGUUAUGCUGGCGAUUAUUACGGGGAGCUUCCUCAGUGGCUCCGAGGAGGAACUCAAAUCAUCUGAAUUCCUUGAGGUGGAAUCGAAGCACCGCAAGGCCUAUGGCCAGUUGGAUAAAUUGGUUCGAGAUGCGAAACUUGAGCAUUAUGUGGCUGGUACCGAGAAGGAGUAUCGUUUGGAGAAGAACCUGGUUCGCUGGGUACAAGAUAUAACUCACAACAUGGGCGGCUUGCGCAGUGCCGCCUCCUUGCAGUUCAGUCUGAUCCGAGAAACCAUUCUUCGAGAGUCGAGUUCAUCAAGCGAAAACUUUUCUUCCCAUGGGAGUGUUCGGCCUGACUAUUUUGCUUCCCUUGAGCGCUCAUGGACGUUUCCUGAUGGAUCCAUUCUCGAACCAAUUGAGGAACGCUCGGAAGAGGAUCUCUCACCGAGUGGGACCUUGAACUCUCCGGCCUCAGGUGCAAAGGUCGAUGCAACUGAUAAGAACCCUCUGAUGCCAGCAGAUGUGUUCACGAUCUUCAUCUCGCACUUGGGACCGUCAAUGCGGUCACUGGCAUUUACAUUGAAAGAAAUAUUCAAUGAAAUCCCCUUCGGACCGGCCCCGGCCUAUAAGGUCUCAGUCGACAGUCGUCUCCGAACCAGCCUGGAUCGUGCUCUCGAUCUGUACCGAGAAUCACGGGAGAAAACCCUUAAAUCACUUUAUCAGCAAACGCAGGCCAUGAAGUUAAAGAGCCCAGAAGCGGAAGCCGAUCUCGAGGAAGUGUCUGCGAGUUGUGGUCAUUUCAGUUUCUCCCUGCUGGAAUUCGGGGAGCAGCUUCACCAACUACUGGCCAUACUGGACGAACUGCAGCUCGAGUCCGAGGAAAGGCCCAAUGGACGGUCUUGGAGCUGGAUCAAGUUCUGGGAGUUCAAGGACUCAGGUGCGGCCCGAAAUGAGUCGUCUUUCAUGGCCCCCAUUGAUGCCGCCACACGAGGUCGUCAACGCCCUGCGGCCGAGACCACUGUCAAAGAAAGACUGGGCUACCGUCUGUGGAAAUCCCUUGAAAUCUUCCGUCGUGAUGACACCAAGUAUGCAAUCAAGGUAGGAGCUGGAGCCGCUCUCUAUGCGAUGCCGGCUUUUCUGCCGUCGACUCGACCAUUUUAUCAGCACUGGCGAGGCGAAUGGGGCUUACUGUCCUACAUGUUGGUCUGUUCCAUGACCAUCGGCGCCUCGAACACAACGGGCUAUGCUCGAUUUUUCGGAACGUGUCUAGGGGCCGUCUGUGCCAUUCUGGCGUGGUAUAGCACCAGCGGCAACGUCUUUGGCCUGGCAUUUUGGGGGUGGGCUAUGGCUACGUGGACCGCAUGGAUCACCAUUGCCAAAGGCAAUGGACCUAUGGGUCGAUUCAUCAUGCUCACUUAUAACUUGUCCGUGCUCUACGCCUAUUCGCUUUCACAGAAAGAAGUCGCCGAUGGGGACCAGGAUGAGGGUGGUCCCGAGCCCGUUAUCACUGAGAUUGCGCUUCACCGAGUUGUCGCCGUGCUCUCUGGUUGUAUCUGGGGCAUCAUCAUCACCCGUCUUAUCUGGCCCAUCAGCGCACGAGAACGAUUGAAGGAUGGUCUUUGUCUUCUGUGGCUACGACUGGGUCUCGUCUGGAAGCGCGAUCCACUGUCGUGCAUGGAAAAGAACGGGCGGUCUGUCGUGUACAUGACUGCACGCGAGCGAUUGGAACUGGAACGGUUUCUCACUCACAUGGAAUCUCUCCUGACCGCGGCGCGCUCUGAGUUUGAGCUGCGAAGUGCUUUCGCUGGUAGUAUCUAUACUAAUAUCAUUCGACGAACUCGGAGCAUGGCCAAUGCGUUCCAUGCGAUGAAUCUCGAGUUGAUGAAAUCCGAAAUGGCCACCGAAGGCGAGAUUUGUCUGCUGCGGUAUACUGCUGUGGAGCGACAACAGCUUUCUGCUCGCAUCAGCCAUCUUCUGUCUGUUAUGGCCUCGUCUAUGAAGCUGGAGUAUCCGCUGAGCGAUGUCCUACCCAGCAUCGAGCAUGCACGCGACAGGCUGCUGGCUCGCAUUUAUCGAUAUCGCCAGGACCACGAAGCUUCGCGGUUGACCACCGACGAAGACUGUGCCCUGCUGUAUGCCUACAUUCUGGUUACUGGCCAGUUGUCGCAGGAGAUCACGGAGAUUAUCGCCGAGAUUGGCCAGCUGUUUGGCGUUCUGAGUGAAGAUGUAGUGCAGCUAGCAUAG